AUGACCCCUGCUUCCCUUGCCCCACUGCUGCCUCCCCAGCUCCAUCCCAGCAAUCUCAGCCCCAGUCCUGUUUCCCCAGCCCCGCUACAACCCCCCAGCCUCCCUAGCCCCACCCAGCCCAGCACCCUGAGCCCCAGCCCUGCUUCCUCAGCCCCACUGCUGCCUCCCCAGCUCCAGCCCAGCUCAGAGCCUCAGUUUCAGUCUUUCUUUCCCACCCCCCGGUCGAGCCCUCCAAGAUCACUCUGCAUGGGCUUUGACCCCACAGCAGUGUUUGGUUUGGAAACCGGCACUUGCAAAGGGGGCCCUGGCCACAAACCUGGGGAAGCAUCAGCACUCAGAGGCACUCAGGUGGAGUCCCCGCCUUUCGCCUCACACGUCCUCCUCAUGGGCACGUUUACCACUGACAAGACGGCUGCCAUAUUGAACCUCAGUUUAAGGUACCAGCUAUUCUUCCUCAUCCUCUCCUUCCCCCAGCCCUUCGCCCUCUUCCCACACGCACAGACCCCCUACUACCCUUCCAAUGCUGCGACUAAAUUGAUCUAG